AUGCAGUCUUCUAAAAAGUCUGAUCUUGGUGAGCGAUUGGUUGGUAGCAGCAUAAAAGUUUGGUGGCCAUUGGACAAGAUGUUCUAUGAAGGUGUUGUAAAUUUUUAUGACCCUGUGAAAAAGAAGCACCAGGUGUUAUAUGCUGAUGGAGAUGAAGAAAUCUUAAACCUCAAAAAGGAACGCUGGGAACUAGUUGGGGAUAAUGUUUUGCCAGGAGGCCAAGGGACUGAUCUUCCAGAACUAUAUGCUUCUUGUGAUCUACCAGAAAAGAGUAAAGGGAAAGUAAAGUCACAGUCAGCCAAACGACAUAAGGACGUUGAUGCUUCUUCAAAAAGGAUUCAAGCUGCGGAUGGUAUAUUCAAAGUCGUCAAACCUACAAAAUCUGUGGAUGACCCUUCAAAGGCAGAUGAUGGUCAUAAAAAAUUUACUGGCAAGUUGAGGAUUGAGAAGCUAAAGGCUGGUACCAGAUUGAAACAGAACAUGCCUAAGACCAUAACGUUGCCCAAGGGAUUCCUCUAAGUUACAGGUAAAUAUUAGAAAGUGGCCAAAGAAAUGGAGGUAGUUAUUUGACCUGUUUUAAACAAGGUUAUGUAUAGAGUGAGUAGUGACACAAGCUCGAAGGCUUGUAAUUUUGAGUUUAGCCAGAGUGUAAGAAUAAGUUAUAGUCUCUUUUUGUUUUGUUUCUCAUGUAAUUGCAGAAGCAAGCAUGGGGAUGGUUUUUGCAUUCAAAUGCUGGGUUAUGCAUUUGAACUCUUGACUACAACUUGUUCAAGUCAUUGCCCCGAUCUCCAGUUAGAAAUUCUCAAGUUUGCUCCAAAUUUAUAGUCUCA